AUGGAGGGAGAAUGUCCUGGAAAAGUGGCAAAUGUCUGUAGCUUUGACCAAGAAUCAGAGCGGUGUUCCCUGUCAGACGCUAACACUGAGGAUAUGGAGAUGAAAGUGUUCAUUAUUUUGGGAAUUUCAGCAGCUAUAGCCUUCACAGCUGUUUUCUUUUCUUUCCUUCAGAUAGGCAAAGAUAUCCUCUUUGGUAAGUAACAGAAAAAAAAAAUAUCAGCGACUGAAUCAAUAUCCCAUGAUGAGCAAUACUGUGAUCGUAAUAUAUUUCUCAGAGAAAAUGAAGGUAACUGCAUUGCUGAGGCUAUUCAGAAGGGCUCUAAUCUGGUGGAUUAUGCUGCACAUAAUACACUGAAAAGGAAUAUCCAAGGAAGGGGAAUAGCAACUCCUGCUUCUCUGCUGGCUUUCGCAAAAUUUCCUGAACAAGAGAGUCAAGAUAUUUCCCAAGCAGCUGAACGAAUGGAAAUGUCAGUUCAAGUGCUGAAACAAAGAGUUUGCCGGAAGCACAAACGUUCAUUGCAUUCAACUGAGAGUUUAUCAGCUGAUCUGCUCACUAUGGUUGCUAAUAUUUCUGGAUGUCUGCCUUAUAUGUUGCCACCAAAAUGUCCAAACACAUGCUUCACAAAUAAAUAUCGACUCAUCACUGGUGCCUGCAAUAACAGCUAUUACUCUAAACAAACACCUGUUAAAAAAUGCCAGCAAAGGCACUUAGUAGUAUUUCUGACUUUAUGGGGAACGAGGACACUAUCAGGAAAUCACCAUCCAGACAUAGCCUUGGCCAGGUGGCUUCCACCAGUCUAUGAAGAUGGAUUCAGCCAACCUCGAGGAUGGGAUCCCAGCAUCCGAUACAAUGGAGUCCAGCUACCCUUGGUUCGUGAAGUGACAAGAAAGAUUAUUCAUGCAUCUAACGAGGCUGUUACUGAAGACAACCUGUAUUCUGAUAUUAUUAUGGUAUGGGGACAGUACAUAGACCAUGACAUUGCAUUCACACCCCAGAGCACAAGUAGGACCAGCUUCCUAAAUGGAAAGGAGUGCCAGAUAUCAUGUGAAAAACAAAAUCCAUGUUUUCCAAUACAGGUGACCAACAAUGAUACAUUAUCUGCAGGGAUGGAUUGUCUGCCCUUCUAUCGCUCGUCUCCUGCAUGUGGCACUGGUGAUCAUGGUAUUCUCUUUGGGAAUCUAUCAGCACUAAAUCCAAGACAACAGAUCAAUGGCUUAACUUCUUUCCUUGAUGCUUCUACUGUCUAUGGCAGUACCCCUGCCACUGAAAACAAGCUGAGGAACUUAACCAGCGAAGAAGGCCUUCUAAAAGUAAACAUUAAAUACUAUGAUAACCAUCGGGAAUAUCUGCCUUUCACAGACCGGAUCCCAUCACCUUGUGCACAGGACUUGAAUGCAAGUGGAGAUGAGAGGAUUGAAUGUUUUAUGGCUGGGGACAGCCGAUCCAGCGAGGUCACGUCUCUGGCAGCUAUGCACACGCUGUGGCUGAGAGAGCACAACCGCCUGGCCAGAGCCCUCAAACACAUCAACGGCCACUGGACAGCUGAGACAGUCUACCAAGAAGCACGAAAAAUUGUUGGUGCUCUGCAUCAGAUUAUUACUUUACGAGAUUACAUUCCCAAAAUAAUUGGUCCAGAUGCUUUUAAUCUGUAUAUUGGCCUUUAUAGAGGUUAUGAUCCCACAAUGAAUCCUACGGUUUCUAAUGUAUUUUCAACUGCUGCUUUUCGUUUUGGUCAUGCAACAAUCCAGCCAAUAGUAAGACGAUUGAAUGCACAUUAUUUAGAUGAUCCAGAACUCCCAAAUCUUCAUUUGCAUGAAGUUUUCUUUAGUCCCUGGAGGCUCAUUAAACAAGGAGGCUUGGAUCCUUUACUAAGGGGUCUUCUAGCACAUUCAGCAAAACUGCAGGUGCAAGAUCAACUACUGAAUGAAGAAUUAACAGAAAAACUCUUUGUGUUGUCUAAUAAGGGUUCACUUGAUUUAGCAUCAUUAAAUUUACAACGUGGCCGUGAUCACGGACUCCCAGGUUAUAAUGACUGGCGAGAAUUCUGUGGCUUACCAAAACUGGAAACUCAAACUGACCUGAAUACAGUAAUAACCAAUCACAAUGUUAGUGAAAAAAUCAUGGAAUUGUACCAUAAUCCUAGCAAUAUUGAUGUUUGGCUUGGUGGUCUGGUAGAAGACUUUCUCCCAGGUGCUAGAACAGGUCCCCUGUUUGCGUGUAUAAUUGGAAAGCAAAUGAAAGCACUAAGAGAUGGUGACCGAUUUUGGUGGGAGAAUGAUAACGUUUUCACAGAAGCUCAAAAGCAUGAACUCAAAAAACACUCAUUGUCCCGCGUGAUUUGUGACAAUACAGGGAUUUCUGAAGUGCCAGCAGAUGCCUUUCAACUUGGAAAGUUUCCACAAGAUUUUAAGCACUGUGACAGUGUACCUGGGAUGAACUUAGAAGCUUGGCAAGAAUUCUAUCAAGCAGGGGAAAUAUGUGGAACACCAAAGAGUGUGAAAAAUGGUGAUUUUGUGUACUGUUCAGAUUUUGAAAAAUCUACAGUGACUUAUUCAUGUCAAUAUGGAUUCCAAUUACAAGGAGAAGAGCAAUUAACCUGCACAAGUAAAGGAUGGAACUUUGAGGUUCCCAUUUGUAUAGACAUCAAUGAAUGUGAAAAUGAAAUCAAUCCACCAUGCUCUCUUUCUGCUAAAUGCAUUAAUACUGAAGGCAGCUACAAAUGUCUCUGUACUGAUCCUUACAAGCUGGCAGAAGAUGGAAGAACGUGCAUUGGUAAUGCUUGUGAACCGACUGUCCAUUAG